AUGAAAGACGAAUCGGCGGGUCCGGAAUGGUUCCUCUCCUACUCGGACAAGGUGAACAUCGCCGCCUGGAGAGGGCCUGACUGCAACAAGAGACGAAACAAGACCAUCACGACAAUUGUCUUGAGUCCUUUCUGGGACUGGGUUGCUUCCUUGGUUCCAAGAACUGUCGCUCCGAAUAUUCUCACCCUUGCCGGGUUUACGUGCACCCUGCAGGCGUACUACCUCGUCUACUUCCACAUGGACCAGAACCCACAGAUCGUGAGCUUCACCGCCAUGAUGCUGAUCUUCGCCUAUAUGACCCUCAACUCCAUCGACGGGAUCCACGCGCGGAGAGUGAGGAACGUGUCUCCAGUCGGAGACCUCUUCCGAAAGUCCUGCGACAACAUCGGCUGUGUCUUCCUCACCCUUACCCUCCUCAGUGUGCUCGGCAUCACUGAGGGAGCGACAGCAUGGUACAUCGUGCAAACAACACAGAUGUUCUUCAUGAUCGAGCAGAUGCGAGCAUGGAUGCAACCCUCUGGCGAGCUGAUCCAUGGCAUCUUCUCGGGCCCCGGGGAGGCUCUCGCGCUGCUCAUGGCGAUCCUGGGGGUACGCGCGACCUUCGGGCUGAGCUGGAUCUACAAGACGUAUGUGCACGUGAUGAAUUCCUAUAUCAUCCCCUAUGUUGUCAACUACUUCGUCCACACCCGCGUCUGGGACGAGGGGGACCCCGACGCUAUCGGCCGGGACACAGUCAAGUGGUUCUACUACCUGAUAGCUGGGAUCGUGGUGAUGACGGCUCUUGCGCUGGGGAAGGAGAGAUCCCGCUUUUCCUUGCUGAUCUGCAUCUGCUACCGGCUCAUCCCCGCCGUCUUCAUCUGGAUCUCAGGCUCCUCCUUCUCCUCCUCCUACACUGACCUCAAGUCCGUGAUCUGCGAUGGACUCUUCCUCUCGGUCUUGACUACCGACAUUGUUGUUGCCAAGCGAGCGAGACGAAGGAUCCACCCUUGGGUGAUACUGAUGUGCAUGGCAUCGAUCUUCAACUACUUCAUCAGCCUCGGCCUCGUCAUGUUCUACUACGUUACCAUAUUGGCAGAGCUUUCUCUCUACAUGAAUCUUCCUCUCCUCACUCUGACCACCAACGUCUACUGCGACGGAGUCUACGACCUCUGUCAUAAAGGACACAAGAACCUCUUUCAGGCUGCCCUCACCUUCGGCAACCGGCUGCUUGUCGGCGUGAUGUCCGACGAAGAUUGCGAGCAGUACAAGAGGAGGCCCAUCAUGACGACUGAUGAGCGUUGCAAGGAGGUCAACUCCUGCAAAGCUGUCCACAAGGCUAUCCCCCUCCCCCACGACUACAGCAAGACAGGGCUGACGCGCGAGUUUAUCGAGGAGCACAACAUACACAUUGUAGCUCAUGGGGCAGAAUACAACCUCGACAACGAGGCCUAUGCCAAGAAGAUUGCUGAAGGAGCUUGCAUCGACUACUACAAGGUUCCGCGAGAGAUGGGCAUCACGAGGACGUUCCCGAGGACGGAAGGAAUAUCCACCUCCGACCUGAUCAAGAGGAUCGUGAGCCGUGCGGACGAGUUCACAUGA